AAGUGAAAUGAAUAUGACAGUUAAUAGGACUUUUAUUGAAUCGAAAGUUUAUAGUAGUUUUGAUGUUGUUAUUGACCCGAAAUCUAUUAAUACUGGUAGUCUUCCAUUAAACAUCACUACAUCGAAUCUAUCAACAGUCGAUACUUUAUGUGUAGGUUUUGGUGGUCAAGAUAACAUUAGUGAUAAAGCAGUUGGUGUCCAUUGUUGGACAGUAUUUGGACCACCUAAUAUUACUGAAAGAGGAAUUGAACAAACAUUAUAUGGAUGUGCAGCAGCAGUUAAAGCCAGUGUAAAGAUAAUAAAUAUGGAAUCCAACUCGAUGGGCAAUAUUAAUGUGUUGGUCAAACAGACAGUCUCAAUGAAUUGGUAUAUUGAAAAUGGUAGCCUCAAUGUUACUGGAGAAAAUAUUCCAAAUAAUAGCAUGAUAGGAAAUAUAGCUGAUGCACAAACUGCCAGUGUUGCUGGUAUAACGAUUUACACCAUAGCUGGUAGUUUGGACUCUCAAGAUUUAAGUAGUUAUCGGGCAGAUGGUGUUGGGAAUUUAGCUUUAUUACAACAAUGGAAAGAGCAAGGCACAACUGAAGAAGGCAUAAACAGUAUGUUCCAACGACAAAUGACUGAUAUCUUGGUCAAUAUGGUGACACCGACUGGUCAAGCUAUGAUAAGUGGUCCCAUUCAGGUUAUGAUAGAAAAGACGUGUUAUGACAUAUGUUUUGGUAUUCAAAAUUAUAUAGCCAUAAUAUUAUUAAUAAUGAUUCUAUACUUACUAUUCGUAUCUACUAUAAAUGAUGAAAGUGCGAAAUCAUUAUCAAUUAAGCAGAUUGUUCGGCAAAUGGAUCUUGGUAGAGCAAUAUUAAAUACAUUGGAUUAUUUAGAAGCUAGUGCUGCUAACGCUUCAGAUUGGGAAAAAAUUGAUGGUCAAAAGUUUAUAUCAUUGAGCAAUAAGG